AUUUCCCCGCGCCGGUACUCCAAACGCCAAAUCGGUGCUGAAGAUGGUGACCUUUAGACUCCAGAAAGCGUCACCCACCACUGUACUGGAUUACUACCACGAGGGCUCGGCUGAUGCGCCAGUACUGGACAGCGACUCCACAGAAGUGACGGACAUCCGAUGGUACGAGUUACGUACACCCUUGAAGGAAGCCUUCCCGUGGUUUGAGUACUUAGCCAGAGUGGGGUGGACGCCUUGUGGGAAAUUCGUCUGGGUCCAACUCCUGGACCGCAAGCAGCAGCGUUUGGAGUUGGCCCUCAUCCCGGUGGAACAGUUCAGCACACCAGUCACUUACGAGAACGCACCGCCGCACCUACGGAACCCCUCGCCGGUCGCUAAGGAACCCUUGGAUCAGAAGCCGCAAGACAUCCAAGUGCUAAUAUCGGAAUCGGCGCCAGACGCGUGGAUCAACGUCCACGACAUACUACACUUCCUGCCCAGCGCGCCAGGCGAGGCCAGCUUCGUCUGGGCCUCGGAGGAGACGGGCCACCUGCACCUGUAUCUGGUCACGUGCGCCAUAAACCGGCGCGAGCCAGCUUGUGACGCGCCAGGCGAGGCCAGCUUCGUCUGGGCCUCGGAGGAGACGGGCCACCUGCACCUGUAUCUGGUCACGUGCGCCAUAAACCGGCGCGAGCCAGCUUGUGAGUAUACCAUUCUACUUGUCUCUCCUGUCCUCUCCUCUCUCCUGUCCUCUCCUCUCUCCUGUCCUCUCCCCUCUCCUGCCAGCGCGCCAGGCGAGGCCAGCUUCGUCUGGGCCUCGGAGGAGACGGGCCACCUGCACCUGUAUCUGGUCACGUGCGCCAUAAACCGGCGCGAGCCAGCUUCGGUGCUGGACAUGAUAACGGACGAAGGCCCAGCGUUGGGCCCGCACAUACUGAGCCGGGAGCCGAUCACAGCUGGUGACUGGGAGAUCAUGGGCAGGAAGAUCUGGGUAGACGAAGCCCGCCAGCUGGUUUACUUCCUAGGGCUCCGCGAGACGCCGCUGGAGCGCCACCUGUACGCGGCGCCGUACAACCCGCCGCGACCGCACGCGCCCACGCUGCUGACCACUGUCGGCCACUCGUGCGCGGUGGAUAUUGACGAGGACUGCACAACGGCGGUGGUGACCAGUUCAUCCAUCAGCAGCGUGCCAAGAACACGGGUCUACCGCUUGGCGCACUCGCCGCCAAGACUGCACGCGCAAGGCACACUAUUGGAGCGCGCAGAAUCACCCGAGACGCGCAGUUUCAACGGCUCGUGGGACAGCCGGUCCGGCGACGGAGACGAUACCGAUUGCAGCGACACCGGCAUGCUUAUACGAGAAAACUCGCUAUCCGUCCACGACAUACCGCCCGCGCAGAUAUUCACUACGCGUCUCUCGUGCGGCGCGCCCGCCUACUGCUCGCUGUGGCGCUGCGCCCGCCCGGGGCGGAGCCCUACCGUGCUGCACGUGUACGGCGGGCCCGAGGUGCAGACCGUCACCAACAGCUACAAGCACACGCGGCUGUCGUGCGGCGCGCCCGCCUACUGCUCGCUGUGGCGCUGCGCCCGCCCGGGGCGGAGCCCUACCGUGCUGCACGUGUACGGCGGGCCCGAGGUGCAGACCGUCACCAACAGCUACAAGGGCAUCCGCCAACUCCGCAUGCAUAUGUUAGCAGCGCGUGGGUUCAACGUAGUUGCGGUCGAUUCGAGGGGCUCGAAGCACCGCGGGCGCGCGUGGGAGGCUGCUAUCAAGGGCAAGAUGGGGCAGGUGGAGCUUGACGACCAGGUCGAAGUAUUGCAAUGGCUGGCCAAAGAAACUGGCUGUAUCGACAUGGAAAGGAUCGCGAUACACGGCUGGAGUUACGGUGGUUAUCUCUCGCUCCUCGGCCUAGCAACGCGUCCGAACAUAUUCAAAGUGUGCGUGGCUGGCGCGCCUGUCACCAGCUGGCGUCUCUACGACACCGCCUACACCGAGCGCUAUAUGGGCCUGCCGUGCGCGGCGCCGCAUGCCUACACGCGGGCCAGCGUGCUGGCUCACGCUCCAUUCUUCCCUGACCAGGAAGGCCGUCUGCUGAUUAUCCACGGGCUGGCGGACGAGAACGUACACUUCUGUCAUACCGCGGCUCUGCUUGCGGAGCUGGUGCGCCUCGGGAAGCCGCAUCGUGUUCAGAUCUACCCGGGCGAGCGGCACUCGCUGCGCGCCGUGCACGCCGCCAAGCACUACGAGGCGGCGCUGCUGCACUUCCUGCACGAGCACUUGUGAACAAUACACGACG